UAGGUCAGUGGUUCCCAUGUGCUACUGAUUCUUUGAGGUGACCUUACAAGAUAGCCGUUUUGGUGUUACCGUGCAGUUAAGAGAGCAUAUAAUGUUGUCGCUGAUAGCUAUCUAGCUAGCAACAAAUACGUUUUUUUCAUACAUUUAAAUUCCGAUAUACCUGGUCUGUUAGUUACCCACUUAGCUAGCUAUCUUUCGAUAGCAACCUAGCUAGCUAGUUGUUUUAGCGUAGUCCGGCAUGGCAGAGGCACAACAAGCUCGGGUUCAAACUGCGGUGGAGGAGAUGGUUCAGGGUUUGGAACGGGACCACAUCCGAAAAAUGCAAGGUCACAUGUUCCGGUGCAGUGCAGAAUGCUGUGAACGUACAUCAGACUCCAUGUCGCAGGUGCACCAAUGUAUUGAGCGCUGCCACACCCCUCUGGCGCAGGCGCAGAAUCUGGUUACUAUGGAGCUGGAGAAAUUCCAAGACCGGCUGACCCGCUGCACCAUGCACUGCAACGAUAAGGCCAAGGAUCUGUUUGACUCAGGGGCUAAGGAACCAGCUGUGCGGGCCCUAAUGGAGAGGUGCGUGGGAAGCUGUGUGGAUGAUCACGUCAACCUACUGCCCAGCAUGACUCGCAAACUCAAGGACAACCUAGCAGGGAUACCACAGUGAGAGGCAGCAGGGAGGUGGGGGGGGAUUUACAGAUACUCAAACAUGCAAGUGUACAGACUAACACUCUCAGUGAUUAACCAGAGCUGGACGGACUGAUCCUGCCGCAGCCUGCAAAUAUUCACGUAUCAGUUAGCGGUACAGGAACACAAUGAAUCAGUCAGACAGAUACAGAGACUGACUCGGGGGGGAAUGACCUGGAGAAAUAGUUGGCCGUUCAGAGAUGUGUUUAAUGGAGUCAGUUGUUUUACUCGACAGGUGUGUACCAGUGGUCCUUCUGUUGAGUGAAUCAUCUUGCAUAAACCAGCACACACUCAAUGAUUAGCA